ACCAUGGUGUUGUCUUUUGUUCUCCUGUGGGUGUGCUUCUGCCUCCUGCUCUUCUUCAUGCGCACACACCGACCCAAGAACUUUCCCCCAGGACCACAACCCCUACCUGUGUUUGGCAAUCUGCUUCAGCUGAAUCUGGAGAAUCCCAUUAUAGAUUUAAAUAAGCUGUCUGAUCGAUAUGGGAAGGUGUUCAGUAUUUACUUUGGCAGCAGACCAGCUGUGAUCAUUACUGGCUUCGAGGCCAUGAAAGAAGCUCUGGUGACCAAAGCAGUCGAUUUUGCCGGGAGACCAUCGGGACUACUUCUCAGUGACCUCACUCGAGGAAAAGGUAUUAUCAUGGCUCCACAUGGUCCAAGCUGGAAAGAGCACCGUCGCUUUGCUCUGAUGAGCUUGAGGAACUUUGGGCUGGGCAAGCAGUCGAUGGAGGAGAGGGUCCUGGGGGAGGUCUCCUACGUCUGUGACCACCUGGAAAAACAUGCAGGGGAGUUGAUUGAUCCUCAGACUUUGUUUCACAACGCGUCCUGUGACAUCAUUUGCUCCAUCAUGUACGGAGCUCGAUAUGAAUAUGAUCACGAGUUCUUCCAGGCCCAGAUCAAAAUUAUGUCAGAUAACUCCAAGAUUGCCAAUGGACCAUGGGGGAUGAUAUAUGAUACUAUUCCACUGUUGAGAAGCCUACCCCUGCCUUUCCAAAAUCCUCUGAGGGAUUACCGCACUGUCAAGAUGAAUGUGUUGGAGAUUGUGAAUGAGCACAGACUCUCGAGAACUCCCAAUGAGCCCAGAGAUAUCAUAGACGGCUACCUGGAUGAGAUGGACAGGAGAGGUGAAGACUGCGCUCCAUUUGACGAAGAUAAUCUGUUAACUAUGCUGCUUGACCUCCUCUUCGCCGGAACCGACACCACGUCAAACACCAUCCGUGCUGCAGUGCUCUACCUCAUGGCCUACCCAGACAUGCAGGAGAGAUGCCAGCAGGAGAUUGACUCGGUUCUGGAUGGGAAAGAGGCAGUCAGCUUUGAGGAUAGAUACCGUAUGCCGUUUGUGCAGGCCUUCAUCCACGAAUCCCAGCGAGCAGCCAGCACACUUCCACUCAGUGUGUACCACUGCACAACCAGGGACACGGAGCUGACAGGAUACCACAUUCCCAAGGGGACGCUUGUCAUCCAGAACCUUACAUCUGCACUGGUUGAGGAAAAGCAGUGGAAGCAUCCCCACGGUUUCCACCCUGAAAACUUCCUGAAUGAGCAGGGAGAGUUCGUCAAGCCUCCGGCCUUCAUGCCCUUCUCAAUAGGCCCCCGGACGUGUCUAGGGGAAGGACUAGCCCGCAUGGAGCUCUACCUCAUCCUCACAACCCUGAUGCACCGAUUCCAGUUCAUCUGGCCAGAGGGGGCCGGGGAGCCGGACUUCACCCCCGUGUUUGGGGUCACACAAGCCCCAAAGCCCUACAAGAUGAUUGUGAAGCUGAGGAGAAAAUGAUGACCUGGAAGGACUUGAAUUACACUUAUAGAUUGUACAGAUUGUACAGAUUGUUCACAUUGUUGAUUGCAUAGAUUUUUCUACAAUACUAAAUGUUAUUACGUUAUAUACUUUGUUUUUAUUGUAUUGUAGAAACUACAUUUUGUGUUUUAUUUUAAUGUGUCCAAUUCAUUUUAUUGUGUCCAAUACAAGCACUUUUAAACAACAUAUGCAGUUCAGUAAGGGUAUGAUAAUGUACAGUAUAUAUGAACAGUGAAAAGACUAUGGUGAUUCUUCAAGGAAUAUGUUGUACCUCCCUUUUUGUAAAAUGAUGUUGUUCAUUAGUCUCGUCCACAGCUCUGAAAUAUCCUGCUGAUUAGUGGAUGGAUUUAAAAUAAAGGUUUCCUUUAGUAUAUUGAAUUGAUAAAAUGCUGAACGGAGUGAAGUUUUAUGUUGACAAUAGAUGCCUUGUAUGUAAACUGUAAAUAAGAAUGAGUGGAGAAAAUGUGUUUUUGGAUUGUUUUUGUUACUUUAAAAAAUAAAAUAAAUGGAGAUAUUCCCUUA